GGAAAUUAAAAAGCGAUCAGAUUAAAAGUCCUUCAAAAUUCCUUUUUUUUUAAUGAAAAAAAGAAGACUUACCUUAUCCUUAAGUUAAGUACUAACUAAAUGUCAAUGUUAUUUUUAUCAAAUUCUUUUGUAAACGAAAUUGACGAUUAGUGAAUACUUUCAUAAAUCGUUAAAAUUACCGAUUGCAACUUAGCACGCAUAUUUGUCGGAACUCAUAAAAUAAAUGUCAUCUCUCCAGCGCAAUUAUGACAAGCAAACAAUGCAUCUUUUCAAGGCUAUUUGUCUUUAUGAAAGUCGGUCUGUGGAUUUUAUAUAUUUGGUCGAUGACAGCUGAGAUCUAACAUUUCAUUCAUUGUCCAAAAAUAUUCAUUAGGCGUUACACAAAAAUGAGUUCUGAUAUCUAUUAACUAAAAUGCAAACUGCAUUUUUAUUUUUCAUUUAUUCAGUGAAGCAUUGAUGAACACACUUUUCUGUGUAAAUAUCAAUUCCAGAUUUACAGUAUGAAUCCUAAAGAGCAACCUAGAGAAACCCUUGAAGGCUACGCAGCAAAAGGGAAAGGCCUAAAAAGCUGGAAUAGUUGGAGAGUUUUAAUAGCAAGUUCUGUUGUCUUUUGCUUGAUACUUCCUCCGUUUAAAAUGUUUGCAUUGUUCUAUGUCGCUGUUAUUGAACAAUAUGAAAUCGAAAGGGACUUAGCAGCAAUUCCGUUUGUGGUGUUAGCCAUUGUAAGAGCCUUGUCAGGUCUUGCAUUUGGAAUCUUAGUGGAAAGAUUUGGAUUACAAUGUAUGGCCUUUGUGGGUUGCUCUCUAGCCGCAAUUGGCGUCAGUACAAGCUACUUUGCACAAGGCUACAUAAUAUUAUCAGUAACUUUAGGCUUAUUCUAUGGAUUUGGAUUUACAGUAACAGCAUUGCUGCCCAGCAUCAUCAGAGAUUAUUUUGAUAAUGAUUCUGCAGCCAUAUCUAAUGGGUUACUUAAUCUUGGACCAAGUGUUUGUUCCAUCGCAUUCCCAUCAAUUAUAAUAUAUUUUUUAAAUGAGUAUGGCCUAUCGGGAACCUUUUUACUGACAUCGGGCAUCAUAUUAAAUGCAAUACCCUUCGUUAUAAUUCUGCAUAAACCAGUUGCAACAGGGUCUAAACGUGCUCUUCAUAAUAAAACAUAUUUAGAAGAUAUUAAUAAAGAUAACGACUUGCAAGCAGAUAGCUUAUUAAACGAAGAAAGAACUGAUAAUGAUUUGUGCAUACCGGCAAAAUGUAAUGAGUACUCCCCAUGUAAAGAUGGCCCAAUAGAAUCAACAUUAGUUUUUGAGGAAACUGUGUCACAUUGUCCUAAUCAUGUGCAAACUAUGUGUUCAUUCAUUAGUAAUUCCUCUGGCUCAACACGAUGUCAUCAAUUACACUCUGAAGCAGUUGACGUUCAAGAAUUAGACAAUGUCAGUUCAAAACAUGCAAUAAAUAAUUCAAAAGUUACAAAAAGUGUUGAUGAUAAGCCUCCUUUAAGCACCCUUCACCAAAAGCGCGUAUAUUUUAUGAAAAUGAAAACUAAACAGUGUAUUUCUAAAGGACGAAGGAAUAUUUGGCACCCUCUCGCCGUGAUGAAAGACCCAACAUUCAUAGCGCUAUCAAUUACACAAUCUUUAUUUGCCUAUACGUUAAUUGUGGUAUUGACAACAAUGAUUGAUUAUUCUAGGGAUAAAAAUAUUGAUAGAACUAAUGAGAUUUAUAUGCUGACUUUUCAACCCAUCCCGGACAUUGUGGGUCGCCUGGGACUCACAUGGGUGACUGAUAAAAAGUAUUUAUCUGUAUCCGGUUUCGGUGCCAUAAUGCAUCUUGUAAUGGCUGCCUCCAGUGUCUGGAUGGCACUGUCGAACAGUUUUGGCAUGAUGAUAGCUGGAAUUAUGCUAAUAUCUUUUGCGAUUGGUGGCAUGAACAACAUUAUUCCUGGAAUGAGCUAUUCAUAUAUUGCAAAGGAUAAACAGACAUUUGCUGUUACAUCAUUUGGUUUUCUUUAUGCUCCUUUGAGUUUAACAGUAUCACCUCUCAUAGGGUAUUUUAGAGGAAACCUAGGUUCCUAUGAUGGACUAUAUUAUUUACUUACAGCAAUGAAUAUUUUCUGCAGCAUUACUGUACUUUUACUUCCUUGGCUUUCAAAUGUAAGAGAAAAGAAAGAGAUCAAAAGGCACAGUGAAAUUCAGCUUUUAAAGAGGACUGACAAUGUUUGAAAAUACAAAACUUUAUUUUUUAAUUAAUUUUGUAUGUAGUAAAAAAGUAUGGCAUUAC